UGAAAUUCAUACUUUUUCAAUAACUUGUUUGCUCAUUGCUGUUGAUCUAAGAUGGCAACUCAUCGCAUGUGCCAGUUGAAUCUCAACAAGGAAACCAGUCUGUGGUUGUAUUUGAUUAACGUUUAUUGAAAAAGUAUGGAUUUCAGCAAACAAAGAAAGGCAGGCAACUACAGAGGAUACACAUAAGUACAAGCAUAGUAGCAACAUCAAGAUAAUGCAGGCUGCAGAGGCUACUACAGACUCCUCACUGAGAGAGGGAAUAGAGGUGCUCGGAGUGGGGGACACUGAGAAAACCACUGGUCGGGAAGAGGAAGGUGACGAAGACGGGACAGAUGUGGCAGCUGCAAAAGCAGAGGAGACCAAAUCAGAGGAUGCAAAAGAUGGAGACAAAGGUGGAGAUGCGAUGGAAGGAGAGGGGCAGAAGGGGGAGAUGGAAGCAGACAGCAAGAUGGAGGGAGGCGAUCGAAAGCAGGUGGAGUGGGAAAUCGCCUACAGCGAUGACGAAAUCGAGGACCCCAAAAACUGGAUGCCCCCUCCUGACGAAAUCAAAAGACUGUAUGAGCUCCUUUCAAAAGGGGAGAAGCUGGAACUGAACUUUGUGCCCCUUCCUCGAAGACCGCCUACACCUGAGAGGACCCCCUCUCCCGAGAGGGAUGAUGAGGACGAGGCGGCAAAAGAGAGGGAGAGGGAGGAUAGAGAGCGCAAGGCCCCAUCUCCCACAGAGUUUGAUUUUGAUGAAGAACAGAUGCAACAGACUCCAAAAAAUGCUUUCAUCAACCGACGCAGGACACCAGGGUCUUCGGCUCGGUCCUCUGUCAAACGGGAGGCUAGGUUGGACAAGGUACUGUCAGACAUGAAACGCCACCGCAAAAUUGACGAGCACAUUCUCCGGACUGGACGAGACCUCUUCAAGAGCGAGAAGAGCAGCCGGGCCGGGCCCGAGGAGGCACUCUCUCCCAACAGUCAAAAAGAGCGAGAAAAGGAGAGGGAGAGAGACAGCGACCCCAGCAAAAUCUUCUCGCCAAGACAGAGGCGAUACUGAGAUAGGGGGAAGAACUGCAGGCCAAGAGCUUCGAAGCUUGAUUUUUUUUUAAUACCAUUACCAAUUUUGUAUGAUUGUGCGUUUUGUAGCCUUGUAAUAAACAUUACUCUUUUUUUUGUUUUUAUA